CACCACCACCAGCAGCACCUCCUCCUCCUCCUCCUCCUCCUCCUCUUCCCCGCCCGGGUCCAUCUUUCAUGAAGGGAAGUAUCCUGCCGCCGCCAGCCGCUGCUCAAACGUGGAGGGAAGGACGCGGAGAGGGACGCUCGCAGUUGACUGCGCGGAUCCAUUGUUGGUCCGGUGAUUUAAUUUACGGCUCUGUCGACAGACUGAGUGCAUAUUUUGACCCCCGGCGCUGGACCGAGAGGGACGGACGGUCUGUGUCUGCAGGAGUCGGCGGUUGGAAGAAGGACAUUGUGAGAGGAACUGGCCAUCCAAGACGAGCUUGAACCCCUGGACCUUGUAAGCAACAACAGCAACGUCUGCAUCCACAACUUUUUAGGAGGGGGGAAUGAAACCGGAUGGGGUUACCAUGGAAACCACGGAGCCCACUGAAGCUGCAGCAAUAGCAGAGCCAUCCUCAUCGCAGGAGAACAUAUUGGAACAAGCCCCAACACAACCAGAGGAAGCUGCAAAUGAUGCAGCACCCACAGCUACGCCGAAGGUCAAUGGCAAGCCGGUGGCAGCGGACCCCAAAACUAAACCAAAAGCUGGUGGAACUAAAACACAACCCACAGCCAAAUCCGCUGGGGCUUCUGGUGUCAACUCACGGCCAGGUACUGCUUCACACCGCACUGUGAAUGACGUUAAAUCCUCUAACAAUGUUUCUUCAGUAAAGAAAACAACAACAGCGGCAGCAAAAGCAUCAGCAACAACUGUGGCAGGUGCUGUACCCAAAAGACCGAUGGGUGUAGCCACCGUUUCCUCCACAGUCAAGAACCAAAGUAGAGUGCCUGACAAGAAGCCCAUUGGACCGGCCAGGACUACCUCUGCUGCUGCUACAGUUACAAAUGGUACCAAACCAACAUCAGUGAAUGGCACUGCUAAGAAGAAACCAGUGGCUGAGACUGUUAAUGUAGCUAGACCCAAAACCACAGCUACUACCAGCAGACCAACGUCGUCCACUGCCCCAAAACCCAGCACUUCUACCACAACAAAAGCUGGCGCUACUGCUGUUUCAAAGACCACCAGGCCUGCUACAGGUCUCUCAACAUCUCGACCUGCGCCCACCACAACCAGGCCCAGUACAGCUACAACCAAGCCCUCUACCACUGCAACUGCCAAAACCACUGCUUCUAGAGUUACCACAGCACCAUCUACUGGCAGGACCACAGCAGCACAGCAUCCCAAAACUGUUGCUGCUAAGAAAGAUGUCAGUCGACCUCCUUCUGCUGCAGUGGCUAAGAAACCUUCAGCAGCUGCAACAGCCACUGCUACCAGAAAACCUGAACCCUCUAAACCUACAGCCGCCGUAAAGGUCAGCUCUGCCUCAAAAUGGUCCACAACAACAAAGACCGCAGACCCCAAGGUGCCACAGUCCAAAACUCAACAGGCUGCGAAAUCUACUCUGUCAAAGAAACCUGUGGCUGCUGUUCGGUUUCCUGCUCUUAACAAACCGCCUCUUGGUCGAACUCCACCUGCCUCUCCAGUUAACAAACCUGCAAACAGCACCACCUCUCAGGCAAAACGUGGCACCAAACCCACUCAGGCUGUUUCACCUUUCACUCCUGCCAAAAAGACAGUGGUUGCAAAUACCACCACACCAGCUCGAGCAGCAAGUGCAGCUGGUGCAGCAGUAGCAGCUGUCGCAGCAGCGGCUGUGCUAACAGAAAGACAAGUGGAAGAUUCCGUGUCCUUACCACAAGAAUCAUCGCUUGCUGCCUCUGCAUCAGAGGAGGUCCCUCCCACAGUCUUGGCCCAGGAUACCACACCAGAUGUGGUACCUCAAGAGACUGUUCAAAGCCAUGCAGCUGCUUCCUCUCCUCCACAAAGCCCUGUCAGGACAGCCUUACCACAAACAUCUCCACCCCAGGAGCAACUAGAAAGCAGUGCUCCCUCACUAACCACACAGGAGCAGACAUCUGCCUCAGCUGAGCCUACAUUACCACCAGUGGCUUCUGCUCCUGAGGAGCCAGUUUAUCUGUUGACAGAACAAACCCCCUCCACAUCUAAAGCUCUCCCAGCAGCAAAUGCAAUCUCUCAGAUACUUCCUCCCACCAAUCUAAAUGACGAGGAGGAUGAAGAGGAGAGGGAGGGAAGCCAGCUGGUUUCUGUCUCUGAAAUGAGUGGAACCACACAGCCCACAGAGGAGUCUCGUCCUGGGUCAGCUGGGCCAGUAGGGGGGUCUGCUUGGAAGGCCAGUGGCGCCUUGUUCUCUGAGUUGGACUCUGAGGAGGUGAGCGGCAGCCAGCAGGGUGCGUCUGAAUUGAGCGCCCCUGGUGUCCUGGAGGGCACAGAGAGCAUGGAUGAUCUGGGUGACGGCAGCCUCAAAGGAGCAAUUGACAUGGAGGGAGCUUCGGCAGGUUCGCCUGACUUUGAAAAGGUUCCUGACAUACCAGUGAAUGACUUUGAAGAUGAAGAAGAUGAAGAUGAUCGGGUGUGCGACAUGGACGUGAGCUCAGAGUGGGCAGACGAACCACAGAGACCCAGACAUGACAAUGAUGUGGAUGAUGAGGAUGAUGAAGAUGUAGAGAUGGCCAGUGAGGGUGUGACAGAGAGUGGGCUGGAAAGUUAUGGGAAUGCAGAUGAGGAUGAUUUCGCUGAGGAUGACAGACUGGACAACUUGAACAGAGUGGCCCAGCCGCCACCCCCCCCUCCUCUGCUGCCCUCUGCCCCUGCUGCUCAGUGGGACCAACCAAACCCCUUUGUGGAUCCCUGGGGGUCAGAACCUCUUCAGCCACAGCAGGUUCUUGACCAUAGCUCCCAGCCUCUACAAGUGGCAGGAGCGGCUGCAGCAAGCCCUUUAGCAGACCCCUGGCAAGCAGAUUCUGAGACACCAACUCAGACCCCAGCCCAGGCCUGGUUAGAACUAGGCUCUGGUCCCUUUGCUCUUGAAAACCAAGAAGUCAGAAAUGAGCCUCUGAAUCUAGAGGCCCAGAUGUACAUGGAUCAGUCAGGCUCGGCUCCAAUGCAGACCCUGGUCCCAGCUCCCUCCUCUGCACCAGGAAUGUCUCUGUCAAGCACCCUGAGCAGUGAGACCAGCACGCCGGAGGAACUCGGUGACCACAGUCGAGAUGGGAAGUUCCAGCCUCAAGAUGCUCAAGCUGCAGAGCUUUCCCCUCAGCCUGACCUGGACUACCAGGACCUGGGCAUCCACAUGGAGAGAGGAGACGGGGAGGGAGAGGAAGAGGAAGCUGAAGCCGAGACCCUGCCUGCUGAUGAAGUCCUGGGAGGUCCUGUAACUGCCCCCACUUCUAACCCCUCCUCAUCCUCUGUAACAGAAGACGAGGCCAGCGACACAGAGGGAGAAGCCCAGUUGGAUGAUUCUUUGGAGAGUCCUUUGGUCAGCAGCAUAACCUUUGACAGCCAACCUCCAGCCCAGCGCUGCCUGUCCACAGUGGAAGAGGGAGAAGAGGUUGAGAUGGAGGGUGGUGCAGGGGAAGACACCACCCCGCCUUCGGCUACGUCAUUGGCAUCUUACGGCUUUGAUACCAUGACCACAGCUUCAAACUCCAACGCCCAGUCCACAGGGGAGAGCUGCAUCAAGAGCCCUGGCAUCUUCUCCCUGGAGGAGCUACCCGAGGAGGCCAAGGAGCCCUGUCUUAUCCCGCAGCCUCACACUCAGCCAUGCCUCAUAGAGCAGCAGUACAUCGAGUGUGGGAAGCAGGAAGAGGAGUCUGCCGAGCCUGUUGGGGAUGAGGUGCUGGGGCCAGAGGAAGUCCAGGAUCCAUCGACACCUAGCACUUUGCAGCAACCAGAGGAAAACCCAGAUGACAUCCAGCCUCCCUACUAUUCUGCUAUCUGUGAAAAGACUGAGAACCUUUUUGCAGGCUUCACUGCACUGCCGCACCCUCACCGCCGCGAUCACGCAGCAUACCCCAGAACCUACUGUGACAUCGUCAAACCUCUCUGCGCCGCGGUCACCCCGCCGAAGCUGACAUGCGCCGACCUCCCACCCAGGAACCUCGGGCAGCAGGCACUGAGCCCCCAGCUCCGCAGGCUGGAGCAACACCAGAGGCAGCUACUGGAGCUGCAGCAACGCAGGGAGCAACAGAGCCGACCGCUAGAGGAGGCAGAGCAGGAGAGGAAGAGGAGGGAGGAGGAAGAACAGAGGAAGAAGAAAGAGGAAGCGGAAGAAGAAAUAAAAAGGAAUAAAGAGGAGGUGGAGAGGAAGAUGCGAGAGCAGGCGGACAUCAUAAAGAAGGAAGAGGAGGAAAAAUUGAGGAAAGAGGAGGAGCUUAAGCAGAGGAGAGACCUUGAACUGCAACUGCAGCAGCAACAACAGGAACUGAAGCAAAGGCAGCAGAUCAUGCAGUGGCAACAAGAGCUGCAACAGUCUGAUAAAGGACAGACAGUCCUGCUGUCUCCUACCUCUGGCCUCUGCACCAUCUACGAAGCACUGGAAAAUAGUGAUGAAGAGGAGGUUGAAGAUGAAGAGGACAUAAAGGAGCUCAACCACAGUAAAGAGAAGGCGCUCAGACAAGAAGCGUCAGAUCUAGAGGUACACGACGACUGUGAAAAGGUGACCUCGGAUGAUGAACAUCGAGACUCGUCUCCGUCCACAGAGACCCUUCCUCCUCUUCCAGACUCCCCUCAGACAUCCAGCAACCCCCCCUCCCAGGAUGGAGACAGCUCCUCCCCUUGCCCCCCUGAGUCUCCAGAGCGACCUUCACCCCUAGACCUGGACUGGGGGAAGAAAGUGGACAUAGUUCAGCAGCUGAUCAAUCAGACCCUGCUACUGAACAGAGAUGGCUGCUCCUCCCUGCUGCUGCUGCCAGGGGGUGCAGGAGGCACACUGAGCCCCCUGGAGAGCAGCUUGUGGCCGAACCUGCUGCCUCCACUCACCCCUCCCUCUGCCACGGUCACCUCUGUUAGUAGUUUCUCCCCAGAGGCCACUGGGAGCUCCCCACAGGGAGAGUGGACAGUGGUAGAGCUGGAGACUCACCACUGAGGGGACAUGAAAUGCAACAUCUGCAGUACUGUGUUAACAACACUCACAGAGGGAAGAGUGCUGUCCAGUUACGCACAUACACAUGGAAAUUCACAACUGGAAGAGGCACGGCACACAACAACAGGGUAAUGUACACAUGCAGGGCAGCCUAUACACACAAUGAAGCAUUAAUAUUUACUCAUGGAGAACAGCUUUAUGGACUGUUUAAAGUAAAUAUUUAGGUAAUGGGUAAUGUGGGGGAUAAAAAUUGCAAUAACCAGAAGAAAUUAUUUGACCCUGACAUACAUCACAUCAAGAAACUACAUCACUUGAUGGUAAAUGACCAUUUUAACACUGUAACCGGUAUUUCAGCAAAAUCGACAAUUUGUAGUGUUGAAUUAGACAAUGUAUUACAAUUCACAUCAUGAAAAGAAAAAUCCACGUUAGGAUCACAAAGAUAUACAAUGAAUGGUAUUAAUAUAUUGUUCAGCCCUGGAGGCAAAUGCAUUCAUUUUUGGUGCUGUAGAUCAGUGGUUCCCAAACAAAAAAGUGGUCACAAGAUGGAAAAAGCAAAUCUUUGCUACUGAAUACACUGACCUAUUAUGGAGUGUUCAACUGCAGCCCUUUUAAAAGUAAUAAUCCUUUAGUUAAUCUGGUCAUAAAACUGAUGGAAGCUGUGAUUAGUGGACACAAAUAGACAGGGUUUUGUUUUAAGGGGUCCUUAGGUACAAAGUUUGAACCACUGUUAUAGAUUCACUUGAGACAGACAGGGAUUUCUAACUAUACUGUAAAAACAAGCACAUACAAUAUAUACCAGUGCUUGGUGGGUUUAUAGCUCAACUUUGUGCCCCGGGUUACCAAGUACAUAUUCCAUUUGUGAUUCAUAAAAGGUAAAAAAAAAAACA